AUACAGUCACAAUUUGCAGCCAUGGAGAAAAAGCUUUAUUGCAUUUUGCCUUAUGCAUUCCUAAUUACCAUAACCUUCCCAAUGCUUUCCUCUGAAGCCAAACAACCUUUGAGCCUUGCAACUGAUCAAACUUCCCUUCUUUCACUCAAACAACACAUCACCUCCGACCCUUCUCUUUUACUCGCAACUAAUUGGACCAAUUCGAGCUCCGUCUGCAGCUGGAUUGGCGUCACUUGCAGCUUCCGCCACCACAGAGUAGCUGCCUUGAAUCUCUCCAACAUGGCUCUCUCCGCCACCAUUCCACCACAGCUCGGACACCUCUCCUUCCUCGUCUCCCUCGACCUCACCAACAACCUUUUCCAUGGAGAUUUGCCGCAAGAUCUGUCUCUCCUUCGCCGUUUGAAGUUCAUAUCUUUCCGACUCAACAACUUCACCGGAGACAUCCCUCCGAUGUUCGGUCAGUUACCAAAAUUAGAGUACUUGUCUUUAAGCAACAACAGCUUCAUAGGUUCCAUCCCAAAAUCGCUCUCAAACCUCACAAACCUACAAUUGCUUGACUUAUCUUACAAUUCUCUAAGUGGAGAAAUUCCAAAAGAGUUGGGAAGACUUCAAAGUCUAAAAACUCUGUAUGUUCGAUUCAAUCAUCUUUCCGGUGCUAUACCAUCAUCCAUAUUCAACAUCUCGACCCUUGUAUCUAUGGGCUUCACAUACAAUGAAUUGAGUGGAAGUCUUCCAACAGACAUGUGCAGUAAUCUUCCAUCUCUUACUGGGAUUUAUCUUUCUUCCAAUCAGCUGAGUGGCGCGAUUCCCACAAAUCUAUCCCAAUGUUCACGACUUGAGUAUUUGAGCCUCUCUUACAACUCUUUUAGUGGGGAGAUACCUUCAGAAAUCGGCUACUUAACAUCUCUUCGGGAGUUAUAUCUUGGUGGUAACAAUUUGAAUGGAAUACUACCACAUGAGAUUGGCCAUCUUCAGAGUCUAGUUGAUUUUGGUGUUGAACAGAAUGAGAUUGCGGGCUCAAUUAAUUUCAGUAUUUUCAUGAAUAUGUCUUCUCUGCAAACCUUAAUACUAUGCCGUAACAAAUUCACAGGGAACCUUUCAAGGGAUGUCGGGAAUAUUACCAUGCUAAAAAAGUUAUACCUCUCGGAAAACUAUUUUACAGGGCUUAUUCCCACUGAAUAUGGCCAACUUUACCAUUUGGAGUUAUUACAAUUAGACUUGAACAUCUUGAGUGGUUCGAUUCCACAUGAGCUCUUUAACAUUUCAACUCUUCAGAGGCUUUCACUUGUCCGCAAUGCUCUGUCAGGGGUUCUUCCAACCCAUUUAUGCCAUGCCUCUCCCUUUCUUCAAGGAUUGUAUCUUGGCGGAAAUUCUAUCACUGGAGCAAUACCCAACGCUAUCUCUAACUGUUCUCAACUCAUAAUCCUCUCACUUGCUGAAAACAAAUUCAGUGGUUAUAUACCUAUUCAUCUCGGCAACCUAAGACUUCUUCAAGGUCUUCAACUGCAUAGAAACAAUCUUACCCAGCCACCAUCUUCUUCCUUCAUUACUUCAUUGACAAAUUGCAAGUCUCUAACUACUUUGUCAAUUGGUGAUAAUCCUCUAAAUGGUGUCAUUCCAGCUUCUGUCGGGAACUUAUCUUCCUCUCUUCAAACAUUCAGUGUCAAAAACUGCAAAUUCAGUGGCAGCAUUCCCGUUGAAAUAGGCAAUUUAAGCAAUUUGAUGACAUUGGUGUUGUCGGCAAAUGAGUUAUCUGGUAAUAUUCCACCAACUAUUAGACAUUUGCAUGAACUUCAAGGAUUAGAUCUGUUUGAUAACAUGUUGGGAGGCUCAAUACCACAUGCUAUAUGUGAUUUGUUCAGGCUCAAUACUUUACUUAUGGGUAAGAAUCAAUUUUCAGGCCCAAUUCCUAAAUGUCUGGGAAAUGUCUCCUCUUUAAGAGAUCUAUAUCUAGACUCCAACAUUUUGAAUUCUAGCAUACCAUCAAGCUUAUGGGGCCUAAAAGAUUUGAUCAAUCUAGACUUGUCCUCAAAUUCAUUAAAUGGGUCACUACCGCUAGAGAUGAGUAACUUAGGAGCAGCAAUUCAUAUAAACCUAUCGAUGAAUCACUUGUCAAAGUCUAUUCCUACCACUAUUGGGAAGUUGCAGAAUUUGGUUAGUUUGUCUUUGGCAAAUAAUAGACUAGAAGGUUCUAUUCCUGUGUCUAUGGGAAGCAUGAUCAAUUUGGCAGAUCUCGACUUGUCGUACAACAACCUCUCUAGUUCAAUUCCAAAGUCUUUAGAAGCACUUCAACACCUCGAAUUCUUUAAUGUCUCUUUCAAUAGUUUAAGUGGAGAAAUUCCUCAUGGAGGUUCUUUUAAAAACUUCACUAUGGAUUCUUUUAAGGGUAAUGCGGCAUUGUGUGGAAUCCCCAAGUUCCAUGUCCAAAUUUGCUCUUCAAUUUCUAAUCACAGAUCAAAGAGAAAGAAGGUGGAACGAGCUUCAUUUAUUGUUUUUGGGGUUGUGGCUUUCAUCUCAGUUGUUUCUUUGGUCUUUAUAAUUGUCAGAAACAAAAGAAAAGAUAAGACGACUAGAGAAGUUGAUGAGUUGAUAUUCAUUGUGUCGGAAAGAAUCUCUUAUUAUGAACUGCUGCAAGCAACGAAAAGAUUCGAUGAAAGCAAUUUACUUGGCAUUGGGAGUUCUUGCUCUGUUUAUAAAGGAAUUCUUAACAACGGGAGGGAGAUCGCUGUCAAGGUGUUUAAUAUGCAGGUAGAAGGUAUUUCAAGAAUAUUUGAUGUUGAAUGUGAGAUACUACGUAGCAUUCGACACAAGAAUCUGACAAACGUCAUAAGCAGUUGCUCCAAUGAAGAGUUCAAGGCAUUAGUACUUGAAUAUAUGCCAAAGGGAAAUCUUGAAAAAUGGUUAUAUUCGCACAACUAUUGCUUGAAUAUGAUGGAAAGAUUGAAUAUAAUGAUUGAUGUUGCAUCUGCUUUGGAGUAUCUUCACCACGGUUAUUCAAUGCCCAUUGUCCACAGUGACUUGAAGCCUAGUAAUGUGUUGUUAGAUGAAGACAUGGUUGCCCAUGUAAGCGACUUUGGGAUAGCAAAGUUGCUAUGCGAUGGAGAUAGCUUUGCGUUAACAAACACGCUAGCAACAUUGGGUUACAUCGCUCCAGAGUAUGGCUUGGAAGGGCUAGUUUCAACAAGGUGUGAUGUGUAUAGCUACGGGGUGAUGUUGAUUGAAACUUUUACGAGAAAAAGGCCUAGUGAUGAUAUGUUUUGCGGAGAUAUGAGCUUAAAGAGAUGGGUAGAACUCUCACUUUCGGAGAACCCACAUGAAGUGAUAGAUGCCAACUUAGUCAUGAAUUUGGAGGAAGAAAUGAUUGACAAGAAUAUGCAGUGUGUAUCAUCCAUACUUGAAUUGGCUCUUAAAUGCUCUGCGGACUCUCCCAGGGAUAGAAUCAACAUGAAACAAGCACAUGCAGAGUUGCUGAAAAUCAAACGUCGAUUUUCCCUAUGAGAUUCAAGUAAGCUAUUUCAAAGUUCUAUGUUAUUUCUAAAAGGAUAUCAUAUCCCAAAUUUUCUAUCGCAAAGUUAGCUAAUGAUGUCUUCUUCAUUUGGUGGCUUUGAUGAGGCACGCAGUGUUGAUGAUUUUGAAGAGGCAGUAAUUUGGCUCUGGAUAGUGGUGAGGUGGAUGACAUAAAGAAUGGAAAAUUUGGCUUGGUCCGUUUGUUGGUUUUUCCUAUCGUUGUUAAUUCGUUCUUCUUGUUUCUUUUUUUUUCUUUUACCGGUGUUUUUCCCAUUGGGUUUUCGCCAGAAAGGUUUUAAUGAUGGUCGGUCCUUAGUAUCCUUGUGCUUUCAAGGGUUUGCUAGGUUUUCUUUUUCGUUGUUCUCCUUUUAUAUAAUUUCUGUUUCAACAACUGAUACUCAAGGUUUUUCUAUCCCUCUUUCCUCCUUAUUUUAUGUUCUUGAGUUUACAUAUAAUCUUCUUUGUCACAGCUUUAAAUGCAAAAUCUUUCUGAAAAACGCCUCUGCCUCACCAUUCUCACCAACCAAAACAAACCCUCUCAAAAGAGUUCUGAAAAUUUUGAUAUUCCGCUCGCAGCCGAACUUGAUCAAGCUUCCCAGAAGCGCAAACCCGAUCUUCACAUGGCAUAGAAGGUAGCAGCAAUUUAUUGUGAUACUCAUCGAGCACACAUUCAAUUCGACGUCCCAUUGGCGCAUUCCGUCGAACAUGUAGAGGGCAACUCGGUAUAUCCCCCAAUUUUACCGCGUAACUCAACUUUUCUGGAAUAUUAAAUAAAUUAUUAUCGAAUAAGGCACUGAAAACAGUUGCUAUGUGGAUUUUUUUUUGUAUGUGGGUAUCGCGGUCAUGUUAUUGUUGUAUGUAAAUUAUUAACUCGUUACAUUAUUUAG